AUUCAUCAACUCGGAAAACGCUUCUUCAUUUCACUUCAUUCAAUCAUCGGCAAGACCGUGUCAGGUAGCCACACGCAACGGUUGACGCAGCGCUUCUUUCCUCUCCCGACUGCCGCCAUGGCAGCAGCGCAAGACCUGAGCCGUGCCAUACGGCCCCCUGCAGGUGUGCUCGGCAUGGUUGAACUGAACCGGGGUGCAUUCGACACCGUUGUGUCUGUGCCGAGCUUCGAAGUGGAUGCCAAGGACGUUGCAGCCGUCAUGACACACAUGCGCAAAUAUCUGCUCAAGCUGCCUAACUUCAAGGCUGUGCAGGAGGGCGGUACCAGAAAGAGAUUUCACCUUGACCCAGCCAAGGUUUCCACACUUGAUGAGCUCGACUCAGCUUCUCGGGCUGCACUCUCAGAAGCAGGGGUCUCUGUGCUCGGGGAACGCCAGGUGUCGCUUACUUAUGAUAACUGGACGAGUGAGGAUAUACUGCGUGCUGUGAUUGGCCAACCAGAUGCUUCGGGUUACAGUGUAAUUGGCCAUGUGCUGCACCUCAACCUUCGUGACCACUUGCAGCCCUACAAGAAGCUAAUUGGACAGGUGUACUUGGACAAGGUGAAGAACGUUCGGUGCGUGGUGAGCAAGGUGAACAUAAUUGAGAACACCUUCCGCAACUUCCACAUGGAGCUGCUUGCAGGAGAGCGUGACACCAAGGUCCAGGUCAAACAGAAUGGUGCCAGGUUCGAGUUUGACUUUGCGGACGUCUACUGGAACCCACGACUGUCCACCGAGCACUCGCGUGUCAUUGACCUUCUACGCCACGGUGAUGUCUUGUACGAUGUCUUUGCUGGUGUUGGACCGUUUGCUAUCCCUGCGGCACGCAAGGGUUGCACAGUGAUUGCAAAUGACCUGAACCCACACUCGUACGCCUGGCUCAAUCACAACGUGACGCUGAACAAAGUGUCGGACAGGGUGAACACCUACAACAUGGAUGGCCGCGAGUUCAUCCAGAAGGUGGUAGGAGAGGGCCUCGUACAGCACCUAGCUGACAACAGGCACGUGCACGUUUGCAUGAACCUUCCAGCGCUGGCAACAGAAUUCCUGGACGCGUUUGUUGGGCUCUUGUCGGGGAGAGAGAAUUUGAAUGAGCAGGUGAAAAACAGUGACGUGAGAAUCCACUGUUACUGCUUUGUCAAGGGCGAGGAGGGUGUGACUGGCGCCAAACGGAAAGUGGAGGAAGGGCUUGGGCGACCGGUGGAGAGGGAUGUGCAGGUGUCGUUCGUGCGCAAUGUGGCACCAAACAAGGACAUGAUGAGGGCUUCUUUUGACCUCUCCUUGAACAUCUUGUGCGACUGCUCGCCAGCCAAGAGGUGCAAGCUGGAAGGAACGCAAGUUGUUGGCUCAGAAUAAAACAGUGCCACCUGCUGU